ACGUGCACCCUCACAGCUUUCACUCGCUUGAGCUCGCCUAUGGCGCCUUGAUGGCAUCGGGUUUUCGUGAAAGCCGUCCCAACCACCAGCGCGACAGCAGGUACGAUAACUCUUCCGCUCGUCUCUUCGCCGCUGCAGCACCACCGUCGACAGGUGGACCCAACUGCUGCAGCCAUUCAACCCACUCUCACUCUGUUUCAUCGGCACCGCGCUGCCACGCGCGCCGCCCAGGGCCCAGUCUGAGCCGCCCAUCGAUUGUUUGAGCUACUAGUCAGAUUCUCAUGUCGUCCAGAGUCACUCGCUCG